AUGGCCGGAAUGAAAGUGGACGAAGACACCAGCAAAGAAGUCAAUUGCCUCAUCUUCGACUAUAUCAUCUGCUUGGCCAUCCAUACAGCUAUAAGCGUGGCUGAAGGCAGCACGGGCGAAUGGGACAUGAGCUGGCUGGAAGACACAGUAACGGCAUUACGAUUGGUUCUUCCACCCACGGAGGAAUUACCUGUGGCUCUUCAAAUAAAGGCCCAGGUGUUCGAAAUCGCCCGGAUGUUCAGCAAGACAUCCCAACCAGUGCAAACCAUGCUCGCGGAGAUGGCAAGCACGUUCGUGUCAACAUGCAAAUCCGCAGGGGAGAAGGCGCUAGAGCUGCAUGCGACACAGGCUGCUAGUCAAAUUCGCAAUAACCAGAAGUCCGCAACUGUUAUUUAUACCCUAGGCCAGAUCAUGCAAUUAUUGGCACCGCCCGUACUUCUACAGCUUGAAAGGGGAAAUCUCGAGGGCAUGAGCCGCGCCGAAACACAGCGGCUGAAACAAAGAAUAGGAAUGGAAUGA